GUGAUUCCUUCCUUCUCCACUCUCUCACCAGCACCUCACGCAUACACGGCCACAACACUAGAUAUACACGCACACGCACUCCUCCCCCGUGACUUAUAGACAGCCGACCAUGUCAUCGUCGGUGUUCUACAAGUUCAAAAACUCGAAAGAGCCGGAGCGCUAUGCCUUCGAUGGCAACGAAAUCUCCGUGUUCGAGCUGAAGCGCGCCAUUAUCGAGGCCUCUGGCAUGGCCAAGAGCACCGAUCUCAACCUCCACAUCUACCACGAAGACGAGCCGACCAAGGAGUACGACGACGACACAACCACAAUCCCGCGCACAAGCACCGUCAUUGCCGUGCGGCGGCCGGCGCAGCGCGGAUUCAGCAAAAUCGCACGCUACGUCUCUGGCAAGCCGCCAGUGCGAGCCAUUAAGAAAGAUGCCCCCACAGUCGUAGCGCCACGCCCUAAUGGCGGCACCGAAACUGACGCAGAAGCCGCCUUCCUGGCGGAGUCAGCACAGGUCUGGGAUGCGCAGAAGGAGUCGCUGUCACACGCAAAGCCUGUAUAUAACAAGAAGAAGCCCGUCAAUGUCCCCAACUACGAUCCUCCAUCCGGCUACGUGUGUCGGCGGUGUGGCGUGAAGGGCCACUGGAUUCAGCAAUGUCCCGAGAACGACAACCCCGACUUCAAGCCCGUCCACUGCCCAAAGCGCACGACGGGUAUUCCCAAGUCUUUCCUCAAGGUGGUCGACAAGUCUGAGGUGGAUGAGGACGCCAAGGGGGUCAUGUUGAAUGCCGACGGUGAAUAUGUACAGGUCAUGACAGACACAAAGACCUGGGAGAAGUUCCAGGAGAAGACGCAAGCCACAAAGGUGCAGGCCGCCAACGCAGAUGCAACAAGCAAGGAGGUGCGCGAGCGAGGGCUUGAGUGCCCGCUGGACAACAGGAUGUUUGUGCAGCCUGUCAAGACGGCGUGCUGUGAGAAGACCUACUGCAACGAUUGUAUUGAGUCCUCGCUAGCAGACAAUGAUCUUAUUUGCCCUAAUUGCGGGGAGGAGACUCUGAUCGAAUUCACACCUGACAAGGAAAUGGAGGCCCGCAUUCGCGACUUCGAGGCCGAAAAGGCAAAGGAAAAGGCAGAGGCAAAGGCAGAGAAGGAAGCGCAGGCAAAGGCAGAAGUGGAGGCAGCAGAAGCAGCAGCGAAAGCAGCGCAAGCACCUACUGAAUCGGACAAUGCGAGUGCUACCCAUGUACCACCAAAUGACAAAGAAACUUCUGUUGAUGCGUCCGAGAAGCAAAAGUCGGAAGAGCCAACGUCUGACGCUGAAAGCAAGAAGCGGAAAUCACCACCCACAGAGAUUCAACCUCCAACCGCACCAAAGGCAAUGCGGCAGCAACAGCAACCGCCCCAGAACACAGUAGAGCAGGAUUUCAUCGCGCAGAUGGAGGCGCUCAAGAACAUGCCCAUGGGCAUGCCCGCCAUGAACAUGAACAUGAACAUGAUGGGCAACGGCAACGGCAACGGCAACGGCAUGAUGAUGCCCGGCGUCAACGGCUUCAAUCCCAUGAUGGGCAUGAACGGCUUCAACCCGCAGACACAGAUGCAGAUGCAGCAGAUGCAAAACAUGCAGAUGCAGAACAUGCAGAUGCAAAACAUGCACAACAUGCCCAUGAUGGGCAUGCACGGCUUCCACCCGGCCGCCAUGCACGGCAACGCUGGUGCUGGUGCUGGUGCUGCUGCCAACGCCUUCGCCUCGCCCGCCGCCCAGCACCUCCACUCGAAUUCCCAGUUCAACGACGCGUAUGACCGCCAGCCCGUCAAUCCGAAUCGCCAGCGCGGCAGGAAGCCCCGCGCCCCGGAUUAUCGGUACCUAUAGGCAGGAGGAGGAGGAGGUCGUGGUCGUGCGUUCUUUUCAAAGCAUAGGACUGGCGUUACAGGCGGGUUUGUGCCUGAUCUCUUCUGGGUUGGGUUGGGUUGUUGGCUGGGCCCGUCAUGCGUGGUGAGUGUGCGGCGCCUCGCGGCCGAGGACAUGUAUCAAUCAAUCAAUCAAUCAAUCAAUCAAUCAAUCAAUCAAUCAAUCAAUCAAUCA